CCCAACCUUCUCGUCCACUCACUGCGUUCGUAGUUUGAUUUGCGGAAGAGGGAACUGAGCGAUGGCCUCCACCUCCGCCUUCUUCGGCACUCGCCUCCUCGAACACAAUCCGCUCAUGGGCGUCGACGCAGCGGCGGUGGGAGUGGGAAGGAUCCAGGCCCGGUUCAAUUUCGGUUCCAAGAAAGCCGCCCGACCAAAGAAAUCCAGGGCGCCGACGUCGGACCGGCCACUGUGGUUCCCCGGCGCGAAGGCGCCAGAGUGGCUCGAUGGCUCCCUCACCGGCGACUAUGGGUUCGACCCCUUCGGCCUUGGCAAGCCGGCCGAGUACCUCCAGUUCGAAUUGGACUCGCUGGACCAGAACCUGGCUAAGAAUUCCGCCGGAGACAUCAUCGGCACCCGCACCGAAUUCUCCGACGUCAAGUCCACCCCUUUCCAGCCUUACUCCGAGGUCUUCGGCCUGCAGCGCUUCCGCGAGUGCGAGCUCAUCCACGGCCGGUGGGCCAUGCUCGCCACACUCGGAGCCAUCGCCGUCGAGUGGCUCACCGGUGUCGCCUGGCAGGACGCCGGGAAGGUUGAAUUGGUGGAUGGGUCGUCGUACCUGGGGCUUCCCCUGCCUUUCAACAUGACGACGCUGAUAUGGAUCGAGGUGUUGCUGAUCGGAUACAUCGAGUUCCAGAGGAACGCGGAGCUUGACCCGGAGAAGAGGCUUUACCCCGGCGGGCCGUACUUCGACCCGCUGGGGCUAGCGUCGGACCCCGAGAAGAAGGAAAGGCUGCAGCUGGCGGAGAUCAAGCACGCCCGCCUCGCCAUGGUCGGCUUCUUCGGCUUCGCCGUGCAGGCUGCCGUCACCGGAAAGGGGCCGCUCAACAACUGGGUCACCCACCUCAGCGACCCCCUUCACACCACCAUCAUCGACAGCUUCUCCUCUUCCUCUUGAACCCGCCGUCAGCUUUACUCGAACAGGGCGCCGCAAUAUUGUAAUCUCGUUUCGUGUGAUUUUGGCGAGGUUAAUUACUUGUAUAUCUAAUUAAGUUAUUAAUCUUCUUCUUGCCUAUUUUAGUAUU